GAACCAAGCUCAUACUUCGUUGUUGUCCUUUGUCUUCUUUCUUUCUCCCCAAAUCUCCCACCUAGCAUAGCUUUACAAAAUGAACACUGCUGGCUCAGUUGCUUACGGCUGGGGUGCCCUCAUCGUCGCUGCCGGUGUCAGCUUCUAUUACGCCAAGAAGGAGAUUGACGCUCGUCGCAAGGAGGCUCAGAUCAAGGGUACUAGGCCUAUGGAAAAGCUCUCUUGGGAAGAGCGAAUCGCUAGGGAGCAACAGCAGGGCGUGCAACCAUCUUCCAUCACUGACCAACUAAAACAAGCAUCAGCCAACAAGCCGUCAGGAGGGACUUAGCGUGGCCCAUGCCACAUGCUCGAAAGAUCGGACCGGCGAUUGUACACUAUCUAUGCUAUUCAUACAUGAUCUGCAGUGAGAUGAUCGUCAUUCUCUAU